AUGGAUAGUGCUCAAUAUAAGUAUUUACGAAAUUGUAAAUAUUACUUGUGUAUUAUUGGCCUCUGGCCCUAUCAAACUUUCUUGCAAAAGUUUCUUGUUAGAAUUAUUUAUAUUCCAAUUAUUGCUACUCAAGUGAUUCUUCAGGGCGGCGGUUUGGUGGCUGCCUCUGUCGCCAGUGAUACGGAGUCCUUUCUAGAAGGUUUUGCACCUUUUAUAAUUAGUUUGAUGUGUCUUGCUAAGUAUAUCAAUUUUAUAUACAAUUACGAUCAGAUGAAACGUUUAUUGGAUAUAAUGCAAGAAGAUUGGAAAAUUUAUAAAAAAUUUGACAAAGAAUACGAUAUUAUUCGUCAACAAUAUGCAGAGGGAAAUAGAAUUGUUACCAAUUUUGGAGGGCUAUUAUUCGGUAUGAUAACACCAUUCGCGGGGAUGUCGUGUAUCCUGAACGCAGCUGACGCUUUAGGACUUUACAACCUUAACGGAGAACGACCGCUAACUUUUCGUAUCGAACAUUUCGUGGAUGUGGACAAAUAUUAUUAUAUACUUCUGGUGCACUCGUACAUUGGUACAAUUGCAUACGCCGCAAUAGUAGUGGCCGUCGACUCGGUAAUAAUCAUCUUCGUGAUACACGAGUGCGGACUUUGUGAAAUUCUUAGAUAUAAACUGGAAAAUUGUGUAGAAACUGACAGUAUGGACAUAGACCUGCAUCCAGACAAACAGGAAGACAUGUGGUACCAAAAUGCAAAGAGCUGUGUGAAGUUACACAAACAUAUAAUCGAAUUCGCUGACAUCAUUGAAAACGCCAACACAAUGUCUUACUUCUUCCAAUUAGGAUUCAACAUGAUUUGUGUAAGCUUCACUCAAUUUCAGGCGAUUGUACAUUUAAGUGCUCCUAACAAGGCACUCCAGUAUGUCUCACUUACUAUUAGUUUGCUAUGCGAUCUUUUGUUCGUCAGUUGGCCAGGACAACGAUUAAUAGAUUAUACUGAACGAAUUUUUGAACAUACAACAAAUAAUAAAUGGUAUCAGUCAUCCAUUAACACUAGGACACUUUUAAGGAUUAUGCUACUGAAAAGUAUAACAACUCCUAAAUUAACAGCUUGUAAACUUUACACUUUGAAUAUGGAGAACUUCAGUACGGUAAGAUUUAUAAUCAUUAAUAAAAUAUUAUUCUUGUAUUACAAACAUUAG